CAGAACAACAUACUCUCUUUUCUGAUCCUUGCUCACUCGCUUCGCUCUCUCUUUUCAAGAAUGGCUCGCUCUACCAUGGUUUUCAUGCUAGUCGCUGCAUUGCUAUUCAGCUCCACCAUGGCUCAGUCCCCGGCUUCAUCACCCACUAAGUCGCCGGUUGCACCUUCACCGAGGAAGGCGUUGUCUCCAUCAUCCGAGUCACCGGCGGCUUCACCUCCAUCUCCACCGUCGUCUCCUUCUGAGUCACCAGCUGCUACUCCAAACAUCUCUCCCUCGUCCAUCUCUGCUCCACCAUCUGAAGCACCUGGACCAGCUGCAAACGCUGCCGUUUCGAACACAGUCACUGUCGCUGGAUCUGCUGUGGUCAUGCUUGUCGCCGCCGCUUUGCUCGUGUAGACACAAAUUCUAUGGAGUUUCUUUUAUUUUUAUGAAUUGCUUGAGUCUGGAACUCUAGUACUUCAACGUUUUC